AAUCAGCUUGGUACUUGGGUGUAGAAUUUCUUCUUCAUGUGAAAUACACAGGCACUACCACACCUUGCAGAUCAGUCACCUGCAGGCAGGUAAAGCAGCAGCUUCUCUAUACGUUUGUAAUCAUGCUUCUGAACAAAUAUGGCACAGGCAAUGGAAAGAAGUGUUUUUUGUUUUCGCUCUUGAUCGUGGCUAUGUUUAUCACCUCUUUCUACUGGUAUGAAAACAAAACAAUUAAGUGGAAAUUUGAGGCUCUGAUUCGCUGUAGCCAAGAACCCAGUAAUGCAAAAGAUGACGUCUCGCCAUUGGACCUCUUAACUGACUUGGGUAUUGGAAGAAUUUUGUAUGACAAGCCACAGACCUUUAAACCACCGAGGCCAGAUAUCUUGAUGACAACACCUUGGCUUGCUCCAAUCAUAUGGAAUGGCAGUUAUAACAGUGAUAUUCUGAAUGCACAGUUCCAUCAGAGAAAUGUCCGUAUUGGCAUUACUGUUUUUGCUAUUAAAAAGUACACAGUCUUCAUCAAGACCUUCAUUGAAACUGCCGAACAGUUCUUCAUGGUGGGGCAUAAAGUCAACUAUUAUGUAUUCACAGACCGUGCUAAUGACACUUCCAACUUCACUCUCCCUGAGGGGAGGCAGCUGGUCAUCUUAGAAGUACCCAGUUAUAAACGAUGGCAGGAAGUGUCUAUGAGGCGCAUGGAGAUGAUCCGUGAUCAUGCAUAUCAACGUUUCUACAAGGAAGUGGAUUAUUUGGUUUGCGUGGAUGUAGACAUGAGAUUCACUGACUCCGUUGGGGUGGAAAUAUUAAGUGAUGUGUUUGGCACAUUACAUCCUAGUUUUUACAAUGCACAACGUGGCAGUUUCACUUAUGAACGAAGACAGCAGUCAACAGCUUACAUUCCUACAGAUGAGGGGGAUUUCUAUUAUGCAGGAGGGUAUUUUGGCGGUACAGUGGAAGAAGUCUACAAAUUAACCAAUUUCUGCCAUAACGCCAUGAUGACUGAUAAGAACAACAGCAUUGAAGCCAUCUGGCAUGACGAAAGCUAUCUGAAUAAAUAUUUUCUUUACCACAAGCCAACCAAGAUCCUGUCCCCAGAAUAUCUGUGGGACAAUGGCUUUGGUGUUCCACAAAUCCUCCAAAGAAGACGGUUUGUUGCUGUUCCCAAAAAUCACAAUGAAAUUAGGAACAAAAGGGCGUUGCAGGAGAAUCCUGGAUACCAAUAAUAAAAAAAAAUCAUUUGGGAAGUCCAUAUAUUUUUUAACAGUUGGGACUUUAAAAAGAUUUUAAAAUGUCUGCAAUCAAGUAACUUUGAAUGCAUUUAAAGUUGUUAGGGUAAGAUGUUUGUUAUUAUGUGCAUACACAUGAACCUGCUGUUACCACAGUCUUCUAGCACUAGCACCUUUGCCUUGUGGGAGCAGGGGUACUGUUACACAUAACUAGACUUAAAAACGUCCCCUCUUAACACCUAUGCUAACUAAUAUGUGUAAGAAAGAUGUAUACUGUAUACCUAAAUUGUGUUGAUAAAGUGACAAGAAAUGGUGCCAAACUA